AUCCAUCAUCAUUCAUAGAAACCCAAAACACUAAAAAUCUGUAUUUUUCUUUUUUCUUUAAGGCUCUUAACCGGCCGCCUUCCAUGCUUACACAUGCAUGAUUGUUGUGUCAGAGAGAGAGGGGCAUGUCCCCCCCAACCCUCAUGAAACUCUCUCCCUCUCUCUCUCAAGAUCCAUGAAGAAGAAGCUUUCUUUGAUUUUGGCCUAUAAAUUAAGACCCUCUUUGUUCCUUUUGUCCCUCACUUCUUCACCACACACAAGAAAGCUGUAGCUCUCUCUCUGCCUUUUACACUGCUCUACUUCUUGUUACGAUACCAGAUUGCCUCAGCUCUCUCCGAAACCAAAAGGAAAAACCCAAGGCUUUGUUUCACAGCAAUGGAAAGGCUAAACUCGAAGCUGUACUUGCAGAAUGUGUACAUAAUGAAAGAGAAUGAGAGGCUGAGGAAGAAGGCACAGCUUCUGAACCAAGAGAAUCAGGCCCUUCUUUCUGAGCUGAAGCAGAAGCUUUCAAAGCCAAACAAAGCCAAUGGUGCUUCAAACACUGUGCCUGAUCUGAAUCUUAACCUGAGCUCCACCAACAACAACAACUCAAACAAUCAUCCUUCCAGUUCCAGCAACUGAAAGCUUAGAUUUGUGGACCAAAUCUCUUUAUGACCCCACUAGGACUUACCCCUUUUUUUGUGCAAUAUUUUAAGCUAGUCAGAGCCUCAGAGGUUGUAGUUUCAGCUUUAGGUACAUAGGACAAGUAGCAGUGGUGUUCUUUGUGAUUUACAAGGAUCUUUAACUCUGCUGCUUCUGUUUCCAUAUUUUAUUAUGUGUUUUCUUCUUUUGGGGGGCCUUAGGAUAUGAAUUUCUGCAUGGUCUACAAGGAUAUAUAUGUGUAUCAAGCUUUUGUGCUAGAAAGAAAUAUAAUAUCACUGUAGCUU